CAAUGGAAAUGAAACAAAAAGUGUCUAAAUGAAUACAUAUGCAUACAUAUGUAUGUGCAACAACAUUUGCAAAUCUUUGUUUAUAAUAGCUGACGCUUAUGGAUUUUAUGGUGCCGAUUCACACAAUGUCCGAUGGAUCACCGCCUCCAUCGAUUUGCUUUAUCCGUGCCGCCGAAUCGUAUCCAAAAUCACAAAUGGAGAAGGAAGACUCACAGCUGUUUGUCCCGUUUCAAGAGUUGGCCGGAGAAUCGAUUAAGUACCUGGGACGUACGGAUGAUGGCAUACUUGCAUUAUCCAAUUACCGGAUAUUUCUCUCCAAAAAGUCAACCGCCUACGUGACGUACGUUCCACUGGGUCUAAUAGAAUCCGUUCAGGUGCGGGACCUAUUUCAGCUGAUUGUGAACUGCAAGGAUGCCAGCACGGUUCGGUGCUCUUUUCAGUCGGCGGAACAGUGUGCUGACUGGCAGCGCCGCAUCCACCUGCUUAUCGGUGUGCCAGAAACACUAGAGACACUAUUUGCUUUUCCCUUUUACUCAUGGACCUGCGAUGUGAUCGGAAGUGGAAAUGCAAGUGGAAGCGGGAGUGCUCAGGCCAACGGAAAUGGUCUGGUUGUCAAGGAUCGCUCGUUAACGCUACAUAAUGGCUCGGCCAAGCCCACAGCCACCGUCACAGCAAACAAUCCUUUGCAUGAUCCUGCCAGCGAGACCGUUACCUCUGUAAUGAGCAACCGCCUGCAGCGAUCAGUCCGCUAUGAAAGUGAUUUUAAAAACGAAGUGGCCCGUUUGGGCUUCGAUCUGAAGGGCUCCUGGCGCAUCUCAACAGCCAAUGCGGAUUUCAAGCUCUGUCCUUCGUAUCCCCCGAAAUUGCUUGUGCCCUGCUGCAUCACCGAUGAAAUGCUGCACAAUGUGGCAAACUUUAGGGGAUCGCGAAGAUUACCAGCGGUAGUUUGGCGGCAUCAAAAGUCGGGCGCUAUUUUGGCCCGAUGCAGCCAGCCAGAGGUCGGUUGGCUCGGCUGGCGUAACACCAGGGACGAGCAGCUACUCAAGGCACUGGCCGAUGCCUGUGCCUUUGAUAGAGGCGAGCACGCCAGGCAUUCCUCAUUCGCCAAUACGAAGGCUCAACCAACAAAGGGUUCCAAGGAGACCAAUGGCCAGUCAGGCUUAUCCGGCAAAAGCUCACCAUCUCUGGACGAUUCUUCGCACGAGGAACUCACAAUGGAUGAAAUUAAGAAAAUCCUCAUUGUGGACGCCCGCAGCUACACUUCUGCAGUUACAAAUCGGGCCAGAGGUGGCGGAUGUGAGUGUAUCGAGUACUAUCCCUGUGCAGAGAUUGAGUUUAUGAACUUGGGCAAUAUCCAUGCUAUCCGAAAAAGUUUUCACGCUGUAAGACAGCUUUGCGCCUCAUCUCCCGAUGAUCCAAAUUGGUAUGGACAAUUGGAAAAGACCAUGUGGAUGCAGCAUCUUUCGGGUUUGUUGGGAGCCACUAUGACCGUUGUGCACACAAUCGAGAAGAAUGGACGGCCUGUACUUGUUCACUGUUCAGAUGGCUGGGAUCGCACUCCUCAGAUUGUGGCUACGGCGCAACUCUGUUUGGAUCCGUACUACAGGACUAUAGAAGGAUUCCGUGUUCUUGUUGAGCGGGAAUGGUUGAAUUUCGGCCACAAGUUUGCCGAUCGCUCCGGCAAUGGUCCGAAUUCCGACGAAGUUAACGAGCGAUGCCCAGUUUUCCUGCAGUGGCUUGAUCUGGUGCAUCAAAUACACAGACAGUAUCCAUGCAGCUUUGAGUUCAGUAUAAGUUAUUUGAUUAAACUGGCGCAACAUUCGCUGUCCUGUCUCUUCGGCACGUUCCUAUGUAACUCGCUCAGAGAACGAAUCGAAAAUUCAGUUUUCGACCGAACGUUUUCGGUGUGGCCAUUUUUAGCUGAAACUAUGUAUAGAAAUCCUCUCUACAAGCAUGAGACUGAAAAGGUUCUUUGGCCAGCGCACAGUGUGCGGUUUUUAUAUUUUUGGUCCGAUGUAUACCUUGGUAGUUUAGGCAACAAAAAUGGAACUGAUCUAUCAUUACUAAGUAAUGAAAGACAGAGUGGACACAACGGCCUAAUGGCGAAGACAAGAUCUUCUGAAGACUUAACAACGAAUGAAUUGGGACAAAGCACUAUUUCAAGAAGAUCAAGUGAUCCGAACCUAACAGUUGAAUCCAUUGUUACAGAUUGUUUCAAUGCGAAUAGAAACUCUAUGUUUGACAUACGAUCUGAGACCGACAAUAGUUUUAGCGAAAAUGUCCAAGAAAGUGUUAAAGACUCCAAAGAACUUGAGCUGGACGUAACGGAUGCAACUGAAAAAGGUCCAUGUGGCCUUUCAAAAAAUCCCAUUCCAGAGUUCCACAACGACCAAAGUACAGCUUCUAACCGUGAUAUAUUAGAAGUAGCAUCACAAUCGCAAAGACGUAGUUCCUUGGUGUCCUCACAGCAACAGAUCACUGGAUCCGAGCGAUCUGUCCACGUUUUGGAUCAAUCCGAAAACGAUCAAAAUCCAGUUCCUUCAAAAUCUGAAGACACAAGUGAUAUUUGUCGCGCUUUGUGGCAUGGCGCAAUUGAAACCAGCACUGAUACCCUUACACCCGCAGAGCCCGUACAAAAAACGAACAGCGACAAUAGCAGUAGAGACCUUAUACAACCCCCAAUCGACCUGGUCAGUGGUGAUAAAAAGCCAGAGUCGACUACAACUGCAGUCCAAAGCAGUAAAAUCAGUCAGAGCUAUAAUAAUUUGCCCAAGGUUCACAUAAAACCAAAUGCAGUGAUAUGCCCGCAGCGUGGAGAUACUUUUCCGCAUCAUCUGGACCUACAAGUGCCAAGGGAAAACACGGAGCGUUGCAAGGCGGAGAAGUUGUCCAAAGAUUCCAAUGCUAAUGGAUCCCUGUUGGCAUCGGAUGGUUACCACGCUGAUGAAAGUCUUUUUAUAUCCCCUGACCUCCAGCGUUUCAUUGGCCACUCACCAUUUGAUGCACCUUCCUCGGGCGGUCGAAUACGUCGGAAUACCUUUGGGUCGAGCUAUAGUCGUGACAUAAAAUUCACAGCAGAAAACGGCAGCGCACACCAAUUCCCUUCGUCGGGAGUCAUUUCGUUGCCUCCCACACCAUUUCAGGAGAGGGCUCAGUUCACUAUAUCCUGUCCAGAUGGCUUAGCUCAUGGACUUAGCGAACAAAAUAUAAGACUCCACCAGAUCGUACAAGAACACAAGCUACGAGAGGAAAUGCUGCUGCGGGAAAUUCACGGUAUGCGUCUAGCAUUGUUGGAAAAAGGUUGCCCCAGCUGCAAUAGCAUCGUUUCGACAAAUUUGGAACAUGAAAAUGGAUCGGAUAUCGUUGAAAAUGCUUCAACAUGUUCCUGGGAAGCUGUCGAAGAACGUAGUGGCCCCCCAUCAUUUGCCCCUUCCUCGAUCCAAGAGAAAAAAGCCUCCAGUGUCCUUUGGGUACCAGAUCAUGCAGUUUCGCGUUGCUCUAGUUGUCAAACUGAGUUCUGGCUUGGACGAAGAAAACAUCAUUGUCGAUCAUGUGGAGAAAUUUUUUGUGCUGACUGCUCUGAAUUUUGGGCGCCUUUGCCAAAUGAAAAGCUUUUUAAUCCAGUUAGGCUAUGUGGAGCUUGCUACACGACCGUCACAACAAAUGUCCAGGAUUACGAUGCCGUACCCAUCGAGUCCCAGGUGAAGGACGAAGAGACGUCUUCUGCAAAUUCCUAAGAGCUUUUCCCAAUUAAUUUAAGACUCCUCUGUUGUAUCAAUAUGUACAUAUUAUUACUCAAAAAAUAUUUAUUGCAUAUGUGUUAGCACCAUAA